GUGGGUGUGUGUGAGAGGGAGAGAGAGUGAUUUUCAGUGGCAGUCUUUCUUGCCUUGACUCCUUUGUCUAGGAAACAACACUGCACUCAAUUUAUUUUCUUUCCAUUUCCAUUCUAUGCCUUUUCCAAUAUUCUUCUUCUCUAGGGUUCCCAUUCCCAUUCCCAUUCCAAACCCAACACCCCCUCAAUUUUUCUCUUCUCUAGUGAUGCUUCACAAAUGGAUACGCUGAAUUCGUGUGAAAACGAGUUAAUGGUUGUUCCCAUGCACUGUACCAAUGGAGCUUCUGUUUCUGAUGAAGGGGGAGAAGAAUCUCAACCCAUUGCUACUACUUCUCGUGCUAGUGAACUCACCAUUUCAUUUGAAGGCGAAGUCUAUGUUUUCCCUUCCGUUACGCCACAAAAGGUGCAGGCUGUAUUGCUACUCUUGGGAAGGCAGGAGACACCUGAUAGCACUCCCACCUCUAACUUUUUGGUGCAGCAAAACUGUCAAGAUAUUUGGGGAAUAAAUGAUCCUUCUCGUAGUUCAAAGCUCUCGCGGAGAAUUGCAUCACUUGUUAGGUUCCGUGAAAAGCGAAAGGAGAGAUGCUUUGAGAAGAAAAUUCGGUACACUUGCCGUAAAGAGGUUGCUCAAAGGAUGCAUCGGAAGAAUGGACAGUUUGCAUCAUUGAAAGAAGACUACAUUUCGCCUGCUGAAAAUCAGGAUUCUAGCAAUGGUACUCCUUGCCCAGAAUCUACUGAACGUAGAUGCCAACAUUGUGGAAUUGGUGAGAAGUCUACUCCAGCAAUGCGUCGAGGACCAGCUGGUCCGAGAUCUCUGUGCAAUGCCUGUGGUCUCAUGUGGGCAAAUAAGGGAACUUUGAGAGAUCUCAGCAAAGCAGGAAGGAUUGCUUUUGAACAAAAUGAACUGGAUACUUCUACUGAUAUAAAGCCUUCUACAACAGAACCAGGAAAUUCUUGCACUGUGCAGGACAAGGAGGGAAGCCCCCAGGAAAAUAAGCCUGUACCAAUAGACGUCAAACAGUCACCUGAGACGGAAAAUGAGCAGUAUAUUCUUGAAUCUGCUGAAGCAGUUACCGACAACCUGUCCAUCCAAUUGGAGAAUAAUGUUCUUGAUCUGCACGAGCAGGAUAAUACUAUGGAGGAUUUUGCUGAUGCUUCUGGGACUGAAUUUGAGAUUCCUGCAGGUUUCGACGAUCAGGUUGAUAUUGAUGAUUCUAAUAUGAGGACUUACUGGCUGUGAUCUUAAGAUAUUGUUGUGCGCUCCUAAGGCAUGGUUUGUUCGCAAUGGAAACAAAUUUGCGGCGCAGGUUCAACUAACUGGACUUUCAGAGAUGGUUUAUGUUUUAUAGACGAACUAUUUCUGGAAGCACUGUGAAUUAUAUGACCUAGAGACUGAACAAUCGUCAUACAUGAUAGUUUUUGUACAUCCAUCCAUGUGAAUAGUGCUGUUCUUUUUAUCCCUUC